AUGGAUGAAAUUGGAAACAAAAUCAGCAACUUGUUUCAUGGCCAAGCCCAACUGUAUAAAGUCAUGUAUCUUUGGAUGCCUCCUUUAUGUCUAAAGUGUGCCAUUGAGCUUGAAAUACCAGACAUAAUCCACAAACAUGGUCAGCCCAUCCCUCUUUCUCAGUUGGUAUCAGAUCUCAAAGUUCCACCCUCUAAAACUACCUUUAUAAGAGGGCUCAUGCGCUUGCUGGCUCACAAUGGCCUCUUCGCUAUCAUCAAAAGCAACAACAGUGAAAAGGAAUGUGAAGUAUCAUAUGAUCUCACUUCGGCAUCAAAACUUCUUGUGAGUGACUUGGAAUCCGUUUUGGAUGGAUUAGGUUCCAUAGUCGAUGCUGGUGGUGGAAAUGGUGCCACGGCUAAGAUUAUCAGGGAAGGAUUCCCCAAGUUGAAAUGCACAGUGCUUGAUCUUCCUGAGGUUGUUGCAAACUUAUCUGGAAAUGCAAAUUUGAGUUUUGUUGGUGGGGACAUGCUCAAAUCCAUCCCUCAUGCUGAUGCAGUUUUGAUUAAGUGGGUUUUACUUGAUUGGGGUGAUGAUGAUUGCAUAAAGAUACUUAAAAAUGCCAAGAGAGCUAUUUCAGGCAAAGGAAAUGAAGGAAAAGUGAUCAUCAUAGACAUGGUGUUGGAUGAAAAGCAUGACCAGUAUGAAUGGCUAGAAACAAAGCUCCUAAUCAACAUAGCCUUGAUAGCUGACCUUAAUUCAAAAGCAAGAUCUGAGGAAGAAUGGAAGCAAGUCUUCUUGAAGGCAGGAUUUAAGGAUUACAAGAUAUUUCCUAUAUUUGGCCUUAGGUCUCUUAUUGUGCUUCAUCCCUAG